AUGACCUCCAUCCGAGUGACCUUGCCCACAGGUUUGCGGGCGCAGGCAAGCGCGCGUCGGAGUGCGUACAUGUUCCUGGAGAACUUGCUGCUCAACGACCCCACGCCAGAGCGCGCGGCGGCCGACGCCGCGCAGAAAGUGGUGCCUGAGGGGGAGCGCCUUUACGUGCUGCUCACCGACGCUGCGGCGGCGGACGCGUGUCGCCGCACCGUUGCGGCCAUUGGAGGGGAGGUGGAAGUGCUGACCACGGAGGACCACAACAGGAGGGUUGCCCAUGACACGUCGUGCAAAAAGGUGAUGGAGGCCAAGGAACAGAACAUGGCGACGGCGGCCCAAGCGGUGCAGUUCGGGACCGAAGUUGCUCGGUUGGCGGCCAAUGGGCAGGCCAAGCUCGCGCAGCGUCUCGCCAGCAUCGCAGCGAAGUCGACUGCAGUGACGAGCUCAGGUUUAUCGACCUCGGGCAUGAAGAAGCGGAAGCGGGAGGCCGUAGACGAGGACCGGAUUCUGAGUGAGCGCAGUGAGUUUCCGGUGCGCUUGGCCAUUCUGAGGAGGAGGAGGGAGGUGGACGAAGAGAGGCAGGAGGCCCAGCUGCAUUCGCGGACCUCUUCGUCCGGAUUGUCGGCGCGGGAUAGAUCUCUGCGCUGA